GCAUAUAUUAUAUACAUAUAUUUGUUUACAAGUGUAGCGUGGAAACCCUAGAUCGCCCUCUGUUUGCCUGUGUAGAGUGGACACCCUAGCUCUGUGUCUCUCUCCCUUCCUCCCUUGCACCUGCUUCACUAGUUUACCUGUAUAGCGUGUAAACCCCAGACAGGUCUGUGUAGCGUUGAAACAUGAGCUCCAAACUAUUCUGCUCCAUGUCCCUGCACCGCAGUCUGUUUCUGAAAACAUUAACCCAUUUUCGCUAUAAUUCCUCAGUUCUUGCAGAGAAUAAUGUUAGCAACAGCAAUGCCCCUUCAAAAAAUCUCUUCGCGCACUUCGUUACCACCAGAUUUAACAUAUCUUCAGCCGACACCGUAAAAAUGUUGAAAAGGGAGCCCUUAUUGGGGCGACUCAAAAUCCUGGAUAAGGUCGAACAGCUCGCGGACAUGCUCAACAGACACGGCUGCACCCAAGGUCAAAUUGCAAACAUAAUCAGAUUGCAGCCUUCGCUUAUGUUGACAAGUGUGGAAAGAGUGCUGGAACCCAAGAUUCAAGUGCUAAAAGAUUUGGGCGCGGAGAGGGAAAAUAUACCCAAAAUUGUAACCAAGUCUCCGAGGAUCUUGACCUCUAAGCUGGAGACCCUCCGCUCCAACCUUGAAUUUCUCAAGACUGUAUUCCCGACCAACGAUUUUCUGGUCAGAGCAAUUAUGAGAAACCCCGAUAUUCUUCGAAUGAGCUUGCAGAAAGUCUUGAAACCCUCGGUUGCCUUGUGGGAGGGUUUCGGUUUUCGUGGAAUAGAGUUCGUCAAGUUUUUGCUGUAUAAUCCUUGGGCUUUGAUGCGCAGCUCUCUGACGCCUGGGCAACUUGAUCUCAUUCGCAAGAUUGACAUUCACAAGGAAAGCAAAAUGUUCAAAUACGUUGUGAGCAUCGUCGCCAACAGACGCAGCCAAGUGUCAGAGGCCAAGAUAGACACUCUUCAGCUUUGCGGUCUUUCGCCUGAAGAAGCCUGGGAAUUAGUUAGGGUUAACCCUUCAAUCCUCAGCAUAUCGGAGGAAAACAUUAAGAAAAAGAUGGACUUUAUGUUCAAUAACAUGGGACUCUCUGUAGAUUUUGUGACAAAGCAUCCACGGAUGUUUCUAAUGAGUUUGGACAAGGUAAUGAGGCCCAGGUUUUUGGUUCUGCAAAAUAUGACAGCAAUGAAUGGAGCGGGGGAGGUUAAGCCGACGCGAAUCGGUACGGUAUUGGCGAUGACCGAGGCCAAGUUUGUUGCCCAGAUCAUAGAAAGGCACCCUGAAUCCGCUGCCCUGUGGACUGUAUAUAAAACUGCCAUUGCUGAUGUAUCAAAAAGCUCAAAGAUAAAGAGGUUUUCAGAUUUUAGCAUUUGAUUUUUUUUAUUUGUUAAACCCGUGAGACUUUGAGUAACCACCUCAACACCUGGUAUUGGCUAAUGGGCACGUGAAAUAGUUGCUAUCCUGAUCCUGUUUUUCCUGAGAGCACCAAUUCCAGAGAACACGUGGAAUGACCCAACUACUGCCAAUCGAGGUAUGCUUGUAAAUUUUUAGAUCUAUAUAAUGACCAUCUAAUUAAUUCAA